CUCUGGCGCGGCCCGCCGAUCGAACAGGCAUAAAAUUGCAAACGUUCUUGCCGCUGUAUCUUGUAAGUUAGCAAAUAGCAAUGUUGACCAAGGCAGUGGUGUCCCUCCUCUUCCUCUUGAGCGUCUCCCGCUGCGGGACGUCGUGGCAGAGCUACGAUGCGAUAUACAACUUCGGCGACUCCAUCUCCGACACCGGCAAUCUCUGCACGGGCGGCUGCCCGUCGUGGCUCACCAUGGGCCAGCCGCCGUACGGAACCAGCUACUUCGGCCGCCCGACCGGACGCUGCUCCGACGGCCGCGUCGUCGUCGACUUCCUCGCUCAGUUCUUCGGUCUGCCACUGCUUCCGCCGUCCAAGAGGAACGGCACCGACUUCAGGAAAGGCGCAAACAUGGCCAUCAUCGGCGCCACCGCCAUGAACCUGGACUUCUUCCAGUCUCGCGGCCUGGGCAGCAGCAUCUGGAACAACGGGCCUCUGGACACGCAAAUCCAGUGGUUCCAGCAGCUCAUGCCUUCCAUCUGCGGCGGCGCCAGCGAUUGCAGGAGCCACCUGAGCAACUCCCUGUUCAUCUUGGGCGAGUUCGGGGGCAACGACUACAACGCGCCGAUCUUCGGCGGCAAGAGCCUCGACGAGGUGUACACCUACGUGCCACACAUCGUCAACAAGAUCACAAGCGGCGUAGAGACGCUGAUCGGGCUGGGCGCGGUGGACGUGGUGGUGCCGGGCGUGCUGCCGAUCGGGUGCUUCCCGCUGUACCUGACCCUGUACGGGAGCUCCAACCAGAGCGACUACGACGGGGACGGCUGCCUUGAGCGCUUCAACGACCUGUCCCGCUACCACAACCAGCUGCUCAAGCAGGGAAUUUGCAGCCUCCAGAGCAAGUACGCCGGCGUGAGGCUCAUGUACGGCGACUUCUACACCCAGGUCACCGAGAUGGUGCGUUCUCCCCGGAGCUUCGGACUGGAAUACGGCCUGACUGUUUGUUGUGGCGCGAGCGGCCAAGGGUCCUACAACUACAAUAACAAAGCGAGGUGUGGCAUGUCUGGCUCAAGCGCCUGCAAGGACCCUCAGAACAGCAAUGCUACAUGUACAAACGAUUUACAGGCUUUUACAGGAUGGUUAAUCUUGAUUGGUCAAUAGGUGAGCGGGGCGGCCCACCCCCCUGAAAAUCAGGGGGGAAGAGGUUUGUGAUUGGUUGUUAGAUGGUAGGAGCGUGUAAAAGCGUGUAAGUCUUUGUAUGUCUAGCAUUUUUGUCCUCAGAACUACUUGAACUGGAACGGCAUCGCCUACCGUUCCAUCGCGUACGGGUGGCUCACAGGGCCCUACUGUGUGCCCGCUAUUCUGCAUUGAGGAUUGAGCUAUCGAUGGCUACGCAUAUUGGUUGACAGUGAUGUAUACUGUAAUAAACCAAUAAUUCAAGGGGAUGCUGCCGAUCGAUAAUGUUUC